AUGUACGGCACAUCCACCGGUCCCCAGACCGGAAUCAACACGCCCCGGUCUUCUCAGUCUCUGCGCCCACUCAUCCUUUCACAUGGCUCCCUCGAGUUCUCCUUCCUUGUCCCUACCUCGCUUCAUUUCCAUGCCUCUCAGUUGAAGGAUGGUUUCACCACAUCAUUACCCGAGCCUACGGAUGAAUUGGCCCAGGACGACGAGCCCUCCUCCGUCGUGGAGCUGGUGGCCCGCUACAUCGGCCAUGUCGCCCACGAGGUCGAGGAGGGUGAGGACGAUGCUCAGGGUAGCUACCUCGAGGUCCUCAAGCUCGUUCUGAAUGAAUUUGAGCGUGCCUUUAUGCGCGGAAACGAUGUCCACGCCGUCGCAGCCGCCCUGUCCAGCAUUGUUCCUAAGAAGAACCAGGUGGUCGAGGCCUACUACGCCGGUCGUGCCGCCGCCGGCCGGCCCACCAAGCCCUACGACUCGGCUCUGUUCCGCGCAGCCUCCGACGAGGCCGCCGGCAUCUACACGGUGUUUGGUGGUCAGGGUAACAUCGAGGAGUACUUUGACGAAUUGCGCACAGUCUAUACCACCUACCCCUCCUUUGUGGAAGACCUGAUUGUCUCCUCUGCAGAGCUCCUGCAGUCGCUGUCUCGCGAGCCCGAGGCCAGCAAGCUCUACCCCAAGGGCCUCGAUAUUAUGCGCUGGCUGCAGGACCGGGAUGCCCAGCCCGAUACCGACUACCUCGUCUCGGCUCCCGUCAGUCUGCCCUUGAUCGGUCUCGUUCAAUUGGCCCACUACACCGUGACCUGCAAGGUCCUGGGCCAGCAGCCCGGUGAUCUUGUGGAGCGCAUCCGCGGAACUACUGGUCACUCCCAGGGUGUGGUCACCGCUGCCGCCAUUGCUACUGCGACCACCUGGGAGUCCUUUGCCCAGGCCUCUCGCAAUGCCCUCACCAUGCUGUUCUGGAUCGGUCUGCGAAGCCAGCAGGCCUACCCUCGCACUUCCCUGGCCCCCUCCAUGCUGCAGGACUCGAUUGAGAACGGUGAGGGUACCCCCACCCCCAUGCUCUCCAUUCGGGAUCUCUCUCGCACCGCUGUCCAGGAGCACAUUGAUGCCACCAACCAGCACUUGCCGGAGGACCGCCACAUCGCGAUCUCCCUCGUCAACAGUGCCCGCAACUUCGUGGUGACUGGUCCUCCCAUCUCCCUCUACGGUCUGAACCUGCGUCUGCGCAAGGUCAAGGCCCCCACUGGACUCGACCAGAACCGUGUUCCGUUCACUCAGCGCAAGGUUCGGUUCGUCAACCGCUUCCUGCCCAUCACCGCCCCCUUCCACAGCCAGUACCUCACCUCCGCCUACGACCGCAUUCUUGAGGAUCUGGAGGAUGCGGUUGACAUCCCCGCCAAGUCCCUCCUCAUCCCCGUCUUCAACACCAAGACCGGAGAGGACCUGCGCCAGCUCGGUGACAAGAGUGCCGUGCCUGCCUUGGUCCGCAUGAUCACUCACGAUGCCGUCAACUGGGAGCAAGCCACCGUCUUCCCCGGUGCCACCCACAUUGUCGACUUUGGUCCCGGUGGUAUCUCCGGCCUGGGUGUCCUCACCAACCGUAACAAGGACGGUACCGGUGUUCGCGUCAUUCUGGCUGGUGAGAUGGACGGCACCAACGCCGAGGUUGGCUACAAGCCCGAGCUGUUUGACCGUGAUGAGCACUCGGUCAAGUACGCCGUGGACUGGGUCAAGGAGCACGGCCCUCGUCUGGUGCAGACCUCCACCGGAGAGACCUACGUUGACACCAAGAUGAGUCGCCUGCUUGGUAUUCCCCCGUGA